ACGUACGAACUGUUCCUCAUAUUUCGGUGUUUAGUGGGAGUUGGAGAGGCGAGUUAUUCAACCAUUGCUCCCACCAUUAUCUCUGAUCUCUUCGUGAAAGAUCUGCGUUCCAAGAUGUUGGCUGUCUUCUACUUUGCUAUCCCUGUUGGCAGUGGGCUUGGUUACAUUAUUGGUGCAGAAGUAACCAAGCUAGUGGGAAACAGUGGGGAUUCAGAAGCAUGGCGCUGGGGCCUGCGUGUCACCCCAGUGAUGGGUUUCAUUGCACUGCUGCUGAUUCUGUUCAUGCUGCGAGAACCUCCUCGGGGGGAGAGUGAAGGCGGGCAGCACCUGCAACCUACCUCAUUUAUCAGUGACCUCAUAUACCUCUUUACCAACAAGAGUUUCAUCUUGUCGACAAUUGCAUUCACCUGCGUGACUUUCGUGGCUGGUGCUCUGGCAUGGUGGGGACCUAUCUUCACGCAACUUGGUGUUAUCAUUCAGGAUCAUCCAAAUGCCAAUAAAGAUGAUGUUGCAUUUGUGUUUGGAGCGAUUGCCAUGUCAGCCGGUCUGAUUGGUGUGCCUCUGGGAUCUCUUGCUGGCCAGAAGCUCCGAGUCAGCUUACCAUAUGCGGAUCCGCUAGUCUGUGGUGUGGGACUGCUUGUUUCCGUUCCAUUUAUCCUGGGAGCAAUGGUAUUGGCAGAAAUGAACACUGUUGCCUCUUACGUUGUCGUAUUCUUUGGUCAAAUUUUCCUCAAUCUUAACUGGGCCGUUGUGUCAGAUAUUGUUUUGUAUAUUGUAAUUCCUACAAGACGGUCAUCAGCAGAAGCUUUCCAGAUUCUCUUCUCCCAUGCUCUUGGCGAUGCAGGAAGCCCAUACUUGAUUGGUGUGGUAGCUGAUGCCUUCAAACCAUACAUUCAUGAUCGAAAUGUCACAACUACAGUUGCCCCUUUCAUUAGUACUACAGAAAUGGGCUUCUGGAAUGUUACAGAGGGAUUCUCAACUGUUACAGAGGGAUUCUCAACUGUUACAGAGGGAUUCUUGAAUGUUACAGCUACAACUUCUUCAGGAGAUUUAGAGGAUUAUUAUGUAGAAUUCAAGUCAAAACAGUAUGCAAUGUUCCUGUGUGUGAUCAUCAAUGUCAUGGGUGCGUUAUUCUUCUUCUGGAAUGCUUGUUACAUAACAUCCGACAAGGAGAGGUGUGAUCGUGCUAUUGCAGGGGAGGCUGAGGACCAGGAGAGCACCAGCAGUAGCCGCAGUUUGAGUACCCCCGAAGAUCCAGAAGAAGAACAGACACAGAACCUCCUUAAUUAAUGCAUCUUAUCAUUAGCUGUGUCUUCAAUUAUCAAGUGUUUGUGAAUGCUUGGCAUUCAGUGAGUUUUGAAUGUGUGUGUGUGUAAAAAUGAGUGUGCUGCUUGUGCAAGGAAAGAGUUGUGCAAUAGUUUUAAGCAGGAUGUUUGCGAAGUAGAGGAGGUAAAAAGCCAACUGGUUUAGAGAGGUUGAGGGAAAGUUUCAGCCUAUAAAUUUCAGUGAAGUAAUGUGUUGAGGUAGCUUGCAGCUGCUAAAGUUAUAUUUUUUCACUUAUAUAUUACCAUAAAAUCUGAGAGGCAUUUAUAAGGUGUACUUUUACCUUAUUCUCUUCGGUUAUAGUAUAACCCAAGUAUUAAUAAGGGAUAUAAAUAAUUUGUGAAAGAUUUGUGUGAAACCCUUUUUUUUUUAAUUUGUUCUUUAGUUUUGAAUUGGAGCUGAGGUUUGGCUCUCAAGAUUGUGGUAUUGUUAAAGAUGGCUUUAAAGGAAACAUAUCUGAUUGUUUAAAAAUGUGCCUCUCCAAGUGCCAGUUAUGUACUUCACUACACUAUUAGGCUAAUGUUAUGAAAAAGGCUUGUGUACAGUUCAGGACAUUUAUUAGAGGAAAUGUUUUGUUAUAAGUGGCAAAACAUUUCCUUUAAUAUAUAUAUCCUGAGCCGUACGUGUCUUUUUCUACAUCCUGUCGGUAUUACAUGCUAUUUCUCUAAUGUUGUAGUUUACAAGCUUUCAAACCAGUUGGCCUACAUAAAUGAAAAGUAUUGUGGCUGUGACUUUAUUGUGCAAUUUUUAUUUAUUUAUUUUUUCAAUGCAAUUAAACACUAUGCUGUAGUGUAGAAAACGUUAAAUAGCAAGCAUAGUUGAAAUAUGAAGUUCCUAGACAUGACGAACCAUGAGCAAGAACGAGGAUGUUAAUGACAUCUGAUGAAUAUUCACCUUUAGGGAAUUAUGUCCAGGAUUCUAUCAAAUUAUAUGGAACUUGAGAAAAAAAGAACAGAAUAUUUUAAUGAUUUUUUAUGGGAAUUUACAGCAGCUUUUAGAUUGCUCAUGUGUUAUUGUUAUAAUUAUUAUUAUUUUUAUUAUUAUUAUUAUUAUGAUUUAUUAUUAUAAUCAUAUUUCCUUCAAGGAGGGGUCCCUUGUAUUGGUGAAGGGGUUCUUGAUCUGAAGAAUUGGACCACCUGCCCCCUUCCUCAUAUAAAAUUUAAAUAUACUCUAACCUUCCCUUUCCCUCUCAAUUUGGGCCUCUUUGGUGAGGAAAUUUCUACCUUUUAUGAAAUGCAGUUUCAAAACAGUAGUAAAAGGGCUUUAUUAACUGCUCUGUUUUCAUAUAAGUUCAAUUGUUAGUGCUGCAGUGGUUAUCACUCCAUCCGAUAGAAAUUAGAUCUUGAGGCAGGUCAGGUGACCCUCUAGUGAGAUAUUGGGUGACCAUCUAGCAGGACCUCUGGUAAUGGAAGAUAUUACUGGAGUUUGCUUGCAAUUGACAGUGUACGACUCUUGGAGUUCAUUCCAGUUCGCCUGUCACUAUUAUUAGCUGAAAAACGAUUGCAUGGUUAGUUCUUGUAUCUAGACAGUUGGUUGUGCUAAGUCUAACUCAUGUUCUGGGAUGCUAUCCUGGUGUCAAACACCAGGUAGGGUAAGAGGAGGUUUCCAGGUAACAGCAACUGUAUCUGUUGCAGUGGAGGUGGCCAUGGUUAAGGGUGGGCAUGUGGUUUCUUUUUUGUUUAUUCUCAGAACUGACCCUUUCUUUUUUUUUCUUUGAUAUACAAGAGACCGCAAUUCUCCUAGAUCCUUAGUGAUGACAAUACCCUCUCCCUGACCCUUGCAUGGUAAUACUUUCCUUAGAACUUGGAAAUGAUUUUGGGUAAUCCUCUGUUGCUCAAAUCUGGUUCUAGCAUUCUCUCAGACUUCACCUUACCUUGACCAUGGAAUCGGCUUUUUCCUUAAUGUAAUGAUUGAUAGUUCAAGCAUCAGCAGACAGUGGCUCUAAGCCAUCUACCAAAACACAAUGACAGAAAAAACAUUCAUGACAAACUUUACCCCAUCACAUUUCAAGAAACCGCUUGGAGAGUUUUUCACUGAAAAAAAAAAAAAAAAAAAAAAUCCAAAA